AUGGACAGAGCGAGUCGUGCCCUUCAGCAAUUUGUUUCUUUUCGACUUCCUCCCGAUGUUAAAGAGCAUGCUAUGAAAGAUACCGGCUGGGCCGAUGGCCUCCGAGGCGUCGCAGCAGUAUUUGUUGUCUCGUCCCAUGUUGUUAUAUGCUAUGCAAGAGCUCUGGUGCCGCCAUGUUGUGCCUUCUUCAGCGAUCGACCGUAUCUUUUUCAGCAGCCUGUUUUUCGUCUUGUGGCCAGUGGUCAUUCAUGGGUGGCCAUCUUUUUCAUUCUGAUGGGCUUCGUCAAUGGGUUGAAGCCCAUCCAACUCGCCAGGUCCGGACAAGUCGAUAAGGCUCUGCAGAAACUGGCCUCGUCGUCGUUCAGCCGCGUCUUUCGGCUUGUCCUUCCAGCGACCACGGCCACUAUCAUCUCUUGGUUUAUCUGCAAUCUGAAUAUGUACUCCAUGUCGGCGCAGAGCGAUGCAUACUGGUUGAAUACCAACACUCCCCAACCCAGCCUGACCUGGGCCCAAGCAGUCCUGGAUCUAUUCCACGGUCUGCGGGCGACUUGGACUUAUGGCGACGAAAACGUCUAUGAUCAACCGCAAUGGGCUCUUGUGUACUUGCUCCAAGGAAGCAUUAUGAUUAUCAGCGCUUUGUCGCUGGUGGUGACCAUGACCCCUACCUGGCGCACCAUUACCUUGCUUUUCCUCGCAUAUUGGUCUCUGAACUGGAGUCGCAUGAUUGGAGAUCCCUGGGCAGGUCUUUGCUGCUUUCUUGGUAUUUCCCUGAGCGAACUCAGCCUCUCGGAUGUCCCCAAGCUUCUGGCUCCUUACUCGCCUUAUGUUUCUCCGCCUAUCAUUCUGAUUUCUCUCAUCUUCAUGUCGUACCCUAGUUCCUUUGCCGAAACGGCGUCCUGGUCUUUGUGGCUGCGCGAUUUCGCGACGCAGUACUUCCCUUCCGAGGCGACCAGCGCUCUCGAGCGAAUGUACGGUUCACUGGGCGGAGUUCUUCUUGUUAUUGGUAUUCUCAUCUCUCCCCACGCUCGUUGGAUGUUGAGCCGGCCACCUCUCCUGUGGCUUGGAAAAGUCAGCUUUGCAGUCUACCUCAUCCACGGCAUGUUCAUGAGGACAGUCUUCGCGUGGGCAUUGCACUUUGGCCAUUCGAAACAUGCCGUUAUCGAACACACACCAAAUGGCCACGAGUAUCAAGUGGAGCGGUACCCACUGCCGGGUUAUUUUCAAUGUGCCGUGGCAACGCUCGUCAUGGGCGCCUGUGUCGGUGUGGCAAGCCACUUCUGGAACUUGAAAUUGGAGCCAGUUUUUGCGAAAAUCACUGCCAAACUUGAAAGAAUCGCCACAGGAAGGGUCGAGAAAGAGCCCAAGCCCAAUGGGGCGAUGAUUCUUCCCUUGCGGAAUGACUGA